CACACAUUACAGUUGUUGCAGAGUUGCACAACGUCACAUCUCUUCCCUCAAAAAAUUUGUUCUCUUUCAUCCACACACACACACACACGCAGCCCAGAGAUUGCAAUUGCGAUGUCAUCUGUAAUGGUGGAGAAUUGCGACGGCAGCCUCCUGCUGUCCCUAGACUCCCAGAAGUCCGUCCCGGCGCCGUUCCUCUCCAAAACGUACCAGCUGGUGGACGACCCCUCCACCGACCACAUCGUCUCCUGGGGCCAAGACCUCUCCACCUUCGUCGUGUGGCGCCCCCCCGAGUUCGCCCGCGACCUCCUCCCCAAUUACUUCAAACACAACAACUUCUCCAGCUUCGUCCGCCAGCUCAACACCUACGGGUUCCGCAAGAUUGUUCCCGACAGAUGGGAGUUCGCCAACGAGUUCUUCCGCAAGGGGGAGAAGCAUUUACUCUGCGAGAUCCACAGACGUAAAACCGCCCACCCCCAAGUCUCCUACAGUACCGGCCCCACUACUUUCUUCCCCCGCCUCAGCAUCUCCCCCUCCGACUCCGACGACCAACUUCCCAACUGGCCGUGCGACUCCCCCCCGCCGCCGCUCCCCACCACCACCACCAACUACAACAUCAUCGGCAUCGGCAUCGGCUCCGUCGCCACUUUGUCCCAAGACAACGACCGCUUGAGGAGGAAUAACUGUAUGCUCCUUUCCGAGCUUGCCCACAUGAGGAAACUCUACAAUGAUAUUAUCUAUUUUGUUCAGAACCAUGUCAAGCCUGUCUCACCUCCUCCCACCACCAAUUCUUUCCUCCUUUCUCACCCAGCUCCCACUCAUAAUUCUUCCCAAAAACCCCUCAAUCACUUUCUUGGAUUCUGCCCUAACAAGCACACUUCUCCUGGCACUGUUGCUACGGCCCACUUUCUCGAUUCUCCGACUGCAACGUCGAAGAGUGCGAUUACGGAGCUCGACGCAUUUGACAACAACAGCAACACAUGCAGGACCAAGCUGUUUGGAGUGCCGCUUCCGUUGUCUAAGAAAAGGCUGCACCCUGAUACUACUUAUGGUUCUAUUUCCUCUUCCAACAAGAGUAGUUCUUCUCGCUUGGUCUUGGAAAAAGGUGACAAUUUGGGCCUCAAUCUUAUGCCUCCUUCUAAUAGCUAGCCCUUCCUCCCAUACCCUUUUUCCAAUUCUUCAUUAAGAUUCAAUUUUUUUUUCUCUCCUCCUUUUUUUUUUUUUGGCUUUUUGAGCGGAUCGGGUUCUAGAAUUGUGUUGGAGUAUUAUCUGUGUGCGAACUUGUGAAUGUGUAUGUGAUUAUCUCUGUACAUCAAUCUUUGUUGAUCUAAUGCCCCAUCAAAUUAUUA